CUGCGCUGCAUUUCUUCCAAUCUCCUCCCACCACGCGUAGCCCCCGCGUACUGGUCGCAGUCCCUUUAAAAUUUGAAUCACUGUCGGUUACUGAGUUCGUCACGACGUUACUCCGCGCGGACGACGUGAGUACACGUUCGCGGUUUGAUUGAGCAAUCGCGCGUGAAGCAAUCCCGCGAAUUCGGGAUCGCGACGACGGGCAGACGAUCUGUUGAUCUCCACGAGAUCCGUCAGGACGGACGAGCAUCCGACUGUGAAAUAUGUCGGAAACAAGCGGGGACAGUGCUAAGUACAAGUGGACGCCCGAGAGCACUGCGUUGCUCGUCUCGGUGUGGUCCGACCGGCAAGUGCAAAAGCAGCUCGAAUACGCUCCACGGCCACAGAUCAUCUGGGAGAGUGUGGCUCGCUAUAUGAAGAAGAAGGGCUAUAAUGUCGCGGGUAAGCAGUGUCGAUCGCGCAUGAAGCAGGUCCUGGUGUGCUAUCGCGAGGCCAAACGGGCGGGCACUCGUGCCGGCGUGGAGCAAUACUACGAGAUCAUCGACCGCGUGUUGAAGAACAAGCGUUUGGAUCCCAAUAUCAAUAUCGGCAUAGACACAGUGGAUGCAACUGUAAAAUCACCUCCAAAGGAUGUAAAAACCAACAAGAAUUUGCAGAUGAGACUGAAAGUUCAGGAACCUGUACAAUCUCUCUUUCGAACGGAGGCUUUGUCUCCCAUGUGGACAGGAUGUGAAAAUGAAUAUCCAGAUUCACCUGAAUCAAAUGAGACUAUAAUAGCCAAGCCAUAUCGCGUUUUCUCCCCUACAAGAGAUGUUGCCAUAAAUACUGGUUUGACUCAAAUUGGCAGUCAAGGAGUACAGACAAAUCCAACUGUGACGGAGAAGCCGAUACGGGAGGACUAUCGGCAAAAUUUAUUAACUUCUUUUCCAUAUGGAGAGAUUCCUUAUCAAAAUGCAGUACAGAACGUGCAGAAUCAGAUUAUUCAAGAAAAUAUGCAGCAAUAUCAGAAUAUUCAACAGCAAAAUUAUACCGGAUGGAAUCAAUUACCACAGCAGAGUAUGCCUGCAAAUAAUCGACUUAGCUUCCAGCAGAAUGUGCGUAAUCCGAAUCAGCAGUAUUUACCAAACAGAACGACACAGAAUAACGUGAUGCAGAAUAACAUAAUGCAAAAUCCUAACAUGGAAAAUAUCGCGCGAGAACAAAAUCAGCUACAGCGAGGUAUGCUGUAUGCGGAUAAUCAAGCGAUGCCGCAGGAGCCACGUAAAAGUGCGCAAAAUCUGAAGGCUGUGUACAGAGACUAUCAAGAUGCCACGCGUCGUCUGGUUAGCAUGGCGAACAUUGUCAUGCCGAAUGGAUCGCUGUCGCCAGAUUUUUCACCAGAUGUUUCACAAAAUUUAAAUGAUGCUUUUUGUCAAUCAAAGAGUGACGAUAAGACACAUAAUUUAAAUGAGACAUACAAUCGCCCCGUAGACAAUCCUCUGGCGGACGCAACUGUUGUGACAAACAACGCGACUUGUAAUGACGAGAGUUUGUUACUGGAAUUUUUAUUAGAUUCGCCUACUCCAUCGGAAAAUGAUAGAAAAUUACGUGACAGUGCCAUGAAUACGGACGAAGUGCCAAGCGUACCGUUCAGGAAGAAGAAGGCACAAAAAUUGGAGCAGCUUGUAUUCAACGCGAUUAAUUCUCAGAAUGAAGUCGUUAAUAAGAUUUUAGCUGCGCAGAAUGAUAUGGUGACACGAUUCCUUGACGUGGACAGAGAUCGACAGAACAGGCUCGAAAACAGAUUGGAUCAUUUACUCAAUGUUGUUCACGCUACAGUACUUAACAAGAAUGAAACGCCAUCAACACCACCGCCGAUGCCAGAAACGGCGAUAACUUCUUUACAUCCACCACCGAAACCUGGAAUGAUUCCGCCCAAGUUGGAUCUGGUUCCGCCAAAGCCUUGCCGCGUUCCUUGCACGAUACCGAAUUCCAAUAUAGAAUUAAUCAAUCAGAAUCCUAUUCUGACUAGACCCGGCGUCGUGUCGCCAAUCACCGUUAGCCCAGGAGGGAAGAAGCUCGGUACUAUAUGGUCGAAAUUAGGUCCAGUGUCUACAUCACCAUUCGUGAAAGCUCAACAACGGCUCGGUUUUCAACCUAUUUACAACAACAAUGACGCACGUACGAAAUCAUCGGCAGAAAGACGCAUUGCUAAGGAAGUGGGCGUACUGCACAUGGACAUGAGAGGUUUGAUUUACGAAACAUUAAAACUGCUUGAGACAGAGCGUGAACUCGAGGAAAAAAUAGAAAACGCGCGGUUGGAAUUAAACUUGGGUCAGACAUUGACUGCGCGCAGAAAAUUGUUUACUCAGCGAGAACCUACUCCCAUUAUGAUACUUACCGCAGCCUUUUUAGACGCUGAGUGUCGCGUCUACGAACAAGAUCCGCCUUAUCAUGGUAUAUGGAAUUCUCGAAAGGAGACGCUCAAGUAUACCAGACGAGAUAAUCUUCUGACUGGACAGGGCGAAAGCUACGAGCGUAUGCGCCAAUUGAAUACAGCAAUCCAACGCGAUUUAGGCUGCGAGCCGUGCGAUACAUCGACUCCAGCGAAAUUACCGUUUAACAAUGUCGCUGAGACUGACAAUAAUGAAGCUGGAGUUCCAAAGCAAACUAUUCAGCAACUUGCGCGACUUGUGAUGAACAGCGCAAGAUGGCGAAAUCCCGCUCAACCGCAGACUUUGGCCUGUCCUCCGAUUCAAUCGGCAAAUCAAAAUAAUCCAAACGUCGAAUAUAAUGUGACUUUCACCGCUCCAAAGGCGAACGCGCCUCCACAUCCCGAUGGACAACCGCCAGGAUUUGUUAAGCAUUAUGACGUAGCGCAGCCAAAACAAAGUAGCAAUAAUGAGGCAGUCUCUGAUGGUAAAUUGUUGGAAAACGACCUGCAUAGGCAGUCCAAGUUUCCAAUGGGUUUCACCACCGCCAUGUUAAUCACCAACGAUCAAAAAAGCGCUACUCUACCGAAACAAGCGAACGGCGAAGUGCCUAAAACGUUGGGAUUUAUUGAUAAUCCAUUGACCGAUCGCAAGAACAACGUUCGUUUCAUGGAUGAAGCGCUAGCCGAGUUACAGCGAAUGUAUAUCGAGCGACAAGCAGCCGAGAUACCCGAACUAUUGCCCUUCGUAGUGAGUAAUGGUAACAGCGCGAUAAGCGCGCAUAAUCGCAACUUGAUAGAGCGUUACGUGAGCGAUUUAAUGUCGAAGAAGUCGAACAGAGACAAAGAUACGGACUCGGAUAAUGAUGACGAGUUUCUUGAUACUACUACUAGUAUGCAUCCAACCUGCGUGGUACGUAGAGGCUCGCUGACAUCAAACGGCACAGCGUCGACGGAAACUGCUCAUUCGGUAAAAUUCGGCAAAGCAGUUAAUGCCUGUAGAAUAAGUUAAGCGCAGGGAAAAAGAAAAGCAUAUAUAUAUAUAUUUUUUUAUAUCUUUUUUUCACUUGCGCGAUCAAUCUUCCCGAUAGUUGCUCAACUGUGUGCGCCAAGUUCCUCAUCACUUGUUACUUCACACAUAUUGUUUUUCGAUCAAUAUUAUAUUCUACAUAAUAAUCAUGAAAAAA